AUGACUUCCUCGCUCUACGUUGGCACCCGUUCUUUGCUUCCAAAGAUCUUCGACCCCCUCGGCUUGGCCGAUGGCGCUGAAGUUGGAGACAUCAAACUCUGGCGUGAGGCAGAGAUCAAGCACGGACGUGUUGCAAUGCUUGCGUCCCUUGGCGUCCUUGUGGCCGAGGAGUACCACCCGUUCUUCAUGGGUCCCGACUACAUCGGACCCGCUGUGGACCACUUCCAGGAGAUCAGCGCACGGUUUCCCGAGUUCUGGGCGUUCUCCCUCCUCGCGUUGGCGCUCAUCGAAUAUAACACCAUCACCAAGGCUUACGCUGAGCCAAGCUUCGUCACUGGCGAGGGCGGCCUCAGGGAUGAGUACAGCCCGGGAGACCUCGGGUUCGACCCCCUCAACCUCAAGCCUACGGACCAGACGGCCUUGGAGACGAUGCAGACCAAGGAGCUUAACAACGGGCGCCUCGCCAUGAUCGGCAUCGCCGGCACGUUGGUGCAGGAACUGGUCAACCCGACCAAUAUUCUCGAUUUCCUUCACUGA